CUCUGACCUGCGUUGGAGGCACGAGACAACACACCAUGUGCAAUAAAGUCUACCAACUUGGAGCAUUCUUGUUUUCGGUGUCGCCAGCAUGAAGCACAUCAACUUGUCCUUUGCAGCCUGCGGGUUUCUGGGCAUUUACCACUUGGGGGCAGCAUCUGCACUUUGCAGACACGGCAAAAAGCUCCUGAAGGAUGUCAAGGCCUUUGCAGGGGCUUCUGCGGGAUCCUUGGUUGCUGCUGUCCUGCUAACAGCCCCACAAAAGAUAGAGGAAUGUAAUGAAUUUACCUACAAGUUUGCCGAAGAAAUCCGAAGGCAGUCUUUUGGGGCAGUAACACCCGGCUAUGAUUUCAUGGCCCGAUUGAGAAGCGGAAUGGAGCUGAUUCUCCCCCCCAACGCUCAUGAGUUGGCCCACAACCGACUGCACGUAUCUAUCACCAACACCAACACCAGAGAAAAUUACCUGGUCUCCAAUUUUCCCUCCAGGGAGGAUCUCAUUAAGGUUCUGCUGGCCAGCAGCUUCGUGCCCAUUUAUGCAGGACUGAAACCAGUGGAAUACAAAGGGCAGAAGUGGGUAGAUGGAGGCCUCACGAACAGCCUUCCCAUCCUGCCCGUGGGCCGGACGGUGACGAUCUCGCCCUUCAGUGGACGACUGGACAUCUCCCCACGGGACAGAGGGCAGCUGGAUCUCUAUGUUACUGUCGCCAAUCAGGACAUAAUGUUGUCCGUGGCAAACUUGGUGAGGCUGAGCCAAGCCCUUUUCCCACCAAGCAAGAGGAAAAUGGAAUCCCUCUAUCAACAUGGGUUUGAUGACGCCAUUCAGUUUUUACUCAAGGAAAAUUGGUUUGAAUAGAAUGCUUACAAGUUGAUAAUGCAAAACAGACUUCAUACUUUUUUUUUCCUUUUUUG